AUGGCGGAAGCAUUGACAAAGGCGGUAGCCCGCCAAGCACCCAACUUCAAGCUCGGAGCGAAGCCAGUCUUCCUGCCGAACCAUGUCGUCACCCUCAUCCGCAAAGACCGCGCCCCGCCGAACUGGGCGACUUUCAACGUGCCCCUGACCUUUACGAAAUUCGACCUGCGCGACUACCUCUGGAACCUGUACGGCGUCGAGGUGACGGCGGUGCGGUCGUGGGUGAAGCAGUCUCCCAUCGAGCGCAAGGGCGCCUCAUCGGGCUACUACCGCCCGCAGAGCCAGAAGUUUAUGACGGUGCAGAUGACAAAGGCCUUCGUGUGGCCCAGCCCGCCCGAGGACCUCGAGCCGUGGAACAAGAAGCUGUGGGACGCGCGCGAGGCGACGUCGCAGAAGCAGUACCGCGAGGACGUCGCCCGGCAGCUCGGCAGGCUGGCGUACCCGAGCAAGGACAAGGAGAGUGCUGAACGGAAGAAGCUGCGCCGCGAGGCGGCCAAGAUGAUGGAGGGCAAGAAGGAGUUCAAGAGCGAUGUGCAGUUGGACAGCAAGUGGGAUCAGAUCGUCAAGGCGUCCAAGGGGAAGAGACAGUCAUCAUGA